GAGAAGGGGGAGGUUAAAGAGGAGGGACCCCCGGAAGUGCCCCCUCCUCAGUGCAAGAGAGGGAAUGGCUGGGGGCGGAGUCCCAGACGUGGUUGGUGCAUCCCAGGUGACGUAAAGCAGCCAGCUCCUCCCAGAAUGGUGCGCCCUGAGUGACGUCAGGAGCAGAGGCCGGAGCUGUCCAUCAGCACCAAAGGCCGCGGGCGGGCUCAGGGCAUGGGGCCGCAGCUCCGGGGCAGCCCAAGCCCCAGCUCCUGCUCCUUUCCCUUCCCCAGGCCCAGCCCGAGUACCCGGACGCCGCGGGACUGGAGUGCCAGCCGGUGCUGGAGGCGGAGUAGCGACCCCGCGGCGCAGCGACCUGUUUCUCCGGCCCCGCAGCCCUCUCCCCGAACGGCGGACUUUUACUGGACCCCAGUCAACUGGGCCUCUGGCUCCCCGCAACCCCGGAUCCUCUGGCCCCUGCACAGCCUCUUUCGCUCAGAAGCCCAGCUCGCCUCCAGCCCAGGCUGACCUAGGAGGGUGACUCCCUUCCAUUCCCAGCACUAUGCCGGGCACUAUGGCACCACUGCGGUUCCAGCUGCUGCCCCCUGAGCCAGAUGAUGCCUUCUGGGGUGCACCCUGUGAACAGCCCCUGGAGCGCAGGUACCAGGCACUGCCAGCCCUCAUCUGCAUCAUGUGCUGUCUGUUUGGAGUCGUCUACUGCUUCUUUGGUUACCGAUGCUUCAAGGCAGUGCUCUUCCUCACUGGGUUGCUGUUUGGCUCAGUGGUCAUCUUCCUGUUGUGCUACCGAGAGCGGGUGCUGGAGACACAGCUGAGUGCCGGGGCAAGUGCAGGCAUCGCACUGGGCAUUGGGUUGCUCUGCGGGCUGGUGGCCAUGCUAGUACGCAGCGUGGGCCUUUUCCUAGUGGGGCUGCUGCUCGGUCUGCUGCUCGCUGCUGCUGCCCUGCUGGGCUCUGCACCCUACUACCAGCCGGGCUCUGUCUGGGGCCCACUAGGGCUGCUGCUGGGUGGCGGCCUACUCUGCGCCCUGCUCACGCUGCGCUGGCCCCGACCGCUCACCACCCUGGCCACUGCUGUGACUGGUGCUGCUCUCAUCGCCACCGCCACAGACUAUUUUGCAGAGCUGCUGCUGCUGGGACGCUAUGUAGUGGAACGACUACGGGCCGCCCCUGUGCCCCCGCUCUGCUGGCGGAGCUGGGCCCUGCUGGCACUUUGGCCCCUGCUCAGCCUGAUGGGCAUUCUGGUGCAGUGGAGGGUGACGGCUGAGAGGGACUCCCACACGGAAGUGGUAAUCAGCCGGCAGCGACGACGUGUGCAGCUGAUGCGUAUUCGGCAGCAGGAAGAGCGCAAGGAGAAGCGGCGGAGGAAGAGACACCCUCGGGUUCCCCCCAGAGGCCCCAGAGCUCCUCCAAGGCCUGGGCCCCCUGACCCUGCUUAUCGGCGCAGGCCAGUGCCCAUCAAACGCUUCAAUGGAGACGUCCUCUCCCCAAGCUACAUCCAGAGCUUCCGGGACCGGCAGACAGGGAGCUCACUGAGCUCCUUCAUGGCUUCGCCCACAGAUGUGGACUAUGAGUAUGGGUCGCAGGGCCCACUGACAGCCUGCUCGGGGCCCCCUGUGCGGGUAUAGCAGUAUAGCUGUUUCUGCCCACCUAGACUCUGUGGUCACCAGCUCUGCCAGCUUGGGGAGGUCUGCUGGGCCACCACCCAGCCAAUCUGGCCCUUGGCUGUCCCUUUCCCCACCUUCAAGCAAGCUGGCCUGACUGCUGGAAGGGAGACCUGUCUCAGGCUAAGCUAGGCCUGGGGGGAAAGCCCGCUCUCAACUUCCCAAGGGGCUCCUGAAGAACGCAGGGUGUGAGCCCCACUGGGGUAUGCUCAGGGUUGUGAGUGUGUUGCCUCUGUGUGCGUGUGUGUGUGUGUGUGUGUGUGUGUGUGUGUGUGUGUGUGUGUAGGGGUGGGUUUAGAGGGGACACUGGGACCUUUGCCUUAGAUUUCUGAUUGGUGGAGCUUUUCCAAGGCUGGCCCUGCCUCCUCUCCCACUGCUGGGCUCCCAUGGACCACUCUCCUGCAUGUCUAAGUGGAGGAGGUCUGCUUUCCUCCCCCGACACGCCACCUCUCAACCAGACUCGUCUAAGGCUUCUUGUCCUUGUCCAUGGGGCUAACUUCAGCACCUCACCCUGAUCCCCUGUCUCUGCAAAGCCACCAGCCUGAGGGCAGUGGUAGGGGAUUGAGGUGAGGGGUGCUACUCUGGGCUGGGCUGGGGAGGGGAACUGGGGAAGGGGCCUUAAAUGCACGGUGCAUGUCUGGUGUCUGUCUUGCCACCCUGGACACCUCAUGCUUCUGUCUCCCCAUGCCCCACCCUGUUUUACAUCUUUUAUAAAUGUGCCAAACUGUGUGGCUUCU